CCCCGCAUCACCCAGUAGCUAAGGGGAAACGAAAACAAAGCCGAUUUCUCCUUGGCAACAAGAGAUACCCCCUCCCACCCCCCUUCCUUUUCCCUUCUGGUUCUGAACGUGAAACCCUGUUGGAAACAGGUCUCUUGACCUCGCCCUUGACAUUCAAAUGGCUGAAUGGAGGAGAGAUUGCUACUCGCACGUCUUGGGGGCUUUUUCCCCUCUCUCCCCCCUCUUUCUUUCAAAUGAGUAAUCCCUGAAGAUCCUAACCCCCCAGUCUCAUCACCCUCACCCCCCCCUUCCUGAGGCUCCUCUGCGCUCUCCUGCCUGUUCCCUCCGCUGCUCCCCCUCCCUUUUUAUUUGCAUGUCAAGUCCAAAAGGCAGAAAAUACACACGCGGCGGAGAGCCCGGCGGCCGCGGAGGCUCCGGCCCGUCCUUGGUCGUCAGUUACCUCGUCGUGGAUCUGCCCAGGGCCAAGGGGGCCGAAACUGCCGGGCGCCGGCCGGAGAGAGCCUUUUGAUCAGCUUAAGGGGCGGGGGAAAAAAAGGACCGAAUUUUUCUUUCCCGUCGCUCUCAGGAUCGCUCUUCUGCCUUUAUUUUAUUGUUUUGGACAUUUCCGAGCGCCGUGGAUUGGACGGUGCUUUUUGUUUCAUCGCUGGGUUUUAAUAUUUUUUCCUCCUUCACCCCUCUCUGGCCACUAUGGAAUUCUAAUUUGAACCAUGUUUGGAUUGAAGCCGCCUCUGUAUUACUUACCAGGCAUGAGCCAUGAGCCCAAGUCCCCCUCACUAGGGAUGCUAUCCACCGCGACCAGGACCACCGCCACCGUCAGCCCCCUCACCCCCUCGCCGCUCAAUGGCGCCCUGGUGCCCAGCGGCAGCCCCGCUGUCAGCAGCGCGCUGUCGGCCCCGGCCGCCCCGUCCUCCAGCUUUGCGGCCGCGCUGCGCAAGCUCGCCAAGCAGGCGGAGGAGCCCAGAGGGUCCUCACUGAGCAGCGAGUCGUCCCCCGUGUCUUCUCCGGCCACCAACCACAGCUCCCCCGCCAGCACGCCCAAGCGAGUGCCCAUGGGCCCCAUCAUCGUGCCCCCUGGGGGCCACAGCGUCCCCAGCACACCCCCCGUGGUGACCAUCGCCCCGACCAAGACCGUCAAUGGCGUCUGGAGGAGCGAGAGCCGGCAGGACGCCAGCUUGAGGGGCAGCGGCGGCCGGGAGCGCCUCAUUGUGGAGCCCCCUCUGCCCCAGGAGAAGGCUGGCGGCCCGGCCCUCCCCUCCCACCUACUCAGCACCCCCUACCCCUUCGGCCUGUCCCCCAGCUCCGUCAUGCAGGAUUCCCGCUUCCCACCGCUCAACCUGCAGCGGCCGGUGCAGCAUCAUGUGGUACCCCCCAGCACCGUGACUGAGGACUACCUGAGGAGCUUCCGGCCCUACCACACCCCCGAGGACCUCCGCCUGUCCUCCAUGCCACCACUCGGCCUGGACCCAGCCACCGCUGCAGCCUACUACCACCCCAGCUACCUGGCCCCGCACCCCUUCCCCCACCCGGCCUUCAGGGUGGAGGACUCGUAUUGCCUGUCCACGCUGAGGUCCCCGUUCUACCCCAUCCCUGCUCCUGGCUCCCUGCCCCCGCUGCACCCCUCUGCCAUGCACCUCCACCUCUCCGGGGUUCGCUACCCCCCUGAACUCGCGCAUUCGUCGCUGGCAGCCCUGCAUUCGGAGCGGAUGUCUGGCCUCAGCGCUGAGAGGCUGCAGAUGGACGAAGAGCUGAGGCGAGAGCGUGAACGGGAACGUGAGCGGGAGGCCGACCGUGAGCGGGAGAAGGAGCGUGAGCGUGAGCGGGAGAAGGAGCGUGAGCGGGAGAAGGAGCGUGAGCGGGAGCGCGAGCGGGAGAAGGAGCUGGAGCGGGAGCGCGAGCAACGGGCCCGAGAGAAGGAGCUGCUGGCCGCUAAGGCGCUGGAGCCCUCCUUCCUGCCUGUGGCCGAGCUGCACGCGCUGCGCAGCCAUGUGCCCGAGGAGCGGGUCAAGCCCUCUGAGCAGCUGACCCCGACACGAGCAGAGAAGCUGAAGGAGGCGGGCCUGCAGGCGCCCAAGCCCGUGCAGCACCCCCUGCACCCCACGCCAGCCCCGCACCACCCUGUGCCCAGCCUCAUCUCCAGCCAUGGCAUCUUCUCCCUGCCGGGCAGCAGCGCAGCCACAGCCCUGCUCAUCCAGCGCACCAACGAGGAGGAGAAGUGGCUGGCGCGGCAGCGGCGGCUGCGGCAGGAGAAGGAGGACCGGCAGUCGCAGGUGUCGGAGUUCCGGCAGCAGGUGCUAGAGCAGCACCUGGACGUGGGCCGGCCCCCGGUGCCCACGGAGGCGGCGCACAGGCCCGAGAGCCCGGCGGGGACGGGGACGGGCAGGCCUGGACCGAACCGGCACGAGGCAGGCAGCCGGGACCCUGCCCCCCCGCCUCUCAUCUCACCCAAGCCCCAGCAUCACACUGUGCCCACAGCCCUCUGGAACCCGGUGUCCCUGAUGGACAGCACCCUGGAGACGCGGCGGGCCGAGAGCCACCCCCUGCAAACCCACCCAGCCACGUUUGAGCCAGGCCGGCAGGCCGCCGUGCCGCUGGUGAAGGUGGAGCGGGUCUACUGCCCUGAGAAGGCGGACGAGGGGCCCCGGAAGCGCGAGGCCGUGCCCCUGGACAAGUACGCACCGCCACGGGAGGCGGGGAGCCUGGAGCACCAGGCCUUCCCCCAUGGGCCCGGGCCCUUCCUGGCUGAGCUGGAGAAGUCCACACAGACUGUCCUGGGCCAGCAACGGGCCUCCCUCCCACAGGCAGCCCCCUUUGGGGAGCUCAGUGGGCCCCUGAAGCCCAGCUCGCCCUGCCGGCACCAGGCACCGCGGGCCCCUGACUCCGCCUACGUCUACGAUGAGUUCCUGCAGCAGCGGCGGAGGCUCGUCAGCAAGCUGGACCUGGAGGAGCGCAGGCGGCGAGAGGCCCAGGAGAAAGGGUACUACUACGACCUCGACGACUCCUACGACGAGAGUGACGAGGAGGAGGUCCGGGCCCACCUCCGCUGCGUGGCCGAGCAGCCGCCCCUCAAGCUGGACACAUCUUCAGAGAAGCUAGAGUUUUUGCAACUUUUUGGCUUGACCACCCAACAGCAGAAGGAGGAGCUGGUGGCCCAGAAGCGGAGGAAGCGGCGGCGGAUGCUGAGAGAGAGAAGCCCGUCGCCCCCGACGGUGCAGAGUAAGCGACGGACACCUUCACCCAGGCUGGCCCUGUCCACCCGCUACAGCCCCGAUGAGAUGAACAACAGCCCCAACUUCGAGGAGAAGAAGAGGUUCCUCACCAUCUUCAACCUGGCCCACAUCAGCGCCGAGAAGAGGAAAGACACAGAGAGGCUUGUUGAAAUGCUCCGUGCCCUGAAGCAGAAGGCACACGCGCCGGCGGACUCCACACACUCUCCGAGGGACAGUCCUGCCGUCUCUCUGAGUGAGCCAGCGACACAGCAAGCCUCUGUGGACGCAGAUGGGCCUGUCACUAUUGCUGCUGCUUUGUCCGAAGUCCCAAAGGCCGGGGAGGCUGGGAGCCAGCCCCGGCCCCAGGAGCUACUGCGAGCCCCAGAAGCAGCUCCUACCAGCGGUGAGAGGGUCAGGCUGAGCGAGGCCCCCGGGGGCAAGAAGAGUCUGAGCAUGCUCCAUCAUAUCCGGGGAGCAGCGCCCAAGGACGUUCCCGUGCCGCUGUCCCACAGCAUCAACGGGAAGAACAAGCCAUGGGAGCCCUUCAUGGCGGAGGAGUUUGCACAUCAGUUCCACGAAUCCGUGCUGCAGUCCACGCAGCAGGCUCUGCAGAAGCACAAAGGGAGCGUGGCCGUGCUGUCUGCGGAGCAGAACCACAAGGUCGACACAGCCGUCCACUACAACAUCCCUGAGCUGCAGGCCUCCAGCCGGGUCCCUCUGCCCCCGCACAACGGGCAGCAGGAGCCUCCGGCCUUGAGGAAGGGCCCGCCCACGCAGGAGACGGACCGGGACUCGGGAGAGGACUAUGAGGACGACGAGGAGGAGGACGACGAAGCCCCCAGGCACAAGUGGCAAGGGAUUGAAGCAGUCUUUGAAGCUUACCAGGAACACAUAGAAGAGCAAAACCUGGAGCGGAGGCAGGUGCUGCAGACCCAGUGCGGGCGGCUGGAGGCAGAGCGCUACAGCCUCAGCCUGACGGCCGAGCAGCUCUCCCACAGCGUGGCGGAGCUGAGAAGCCAGAAGCAGAAGAUUGUGUCCGAAAGGGAACGGCUCCAGGCGGAACUGGACCACUUACGGAAGUGCCUUGCCCUGCCCGCGAUGCAUUGGCCCAGGGGCUACUUCCAGGGCUACCCUAGGUGACGCCUUCCCUUGCACUAGG